AUGGCGACAGAGGUAGCCAAAAGUGUAAGGACCAGACCACAGGGUCCACUGGGUACAGAAAAUGAAGAAUGCAAUUGUCCUCACUGUACCAAAGUAAAGAAAUCACACCAACGUGAAAGGAGAAUGAGGAGAAACAAGAAUAUCCGUAGACGUUCAAAAUUUAACUUCCAAAGAGAUAUGGACACUACAAAUACGAAAUAUGAUGUAAUCACAUCAGUGGGAUACCUUAGUGAGAAAUAUGGUCUUAGAAAGAGUCACUAUAUUGAAAACUUUAUCAAGUGUAUCCAUCGUAAAAUUAAUUCCGAUGUGAGCAAAAUUCCUGACGAAUUUGUAGAUUCUUUAAGCCCUGCUGUCAAAUCUAAAUUAUUUCUUCUAUUAGUUACGUUAUCUGAGAGGGGUGGUCCAGAUUACUGGAUAGAUAAAAACAAUUCUGAAAUUGAGGAUACUGAUAACGAUAUUGCAAGCGAUCCUUCAUCUGAGAAAAAUAUUAUGGACCACACUGAAACACCCAGUGAUAAAGAUAGAAACACACCAAACAAAACAUCUAAUGCAAAAGAGGACAAGGGAUCUGACAAGGUCCAUCAUGACACUGAAGAACUUGGUUGUACCAACACAUUAAUGGAGAAGAUUAUUCAACAAAACAUCAACUGUGAUUUUAAAGAGACUACAUAUGAUGAAGAUUAUGUAUUUUCAUCUAUCUGGGCUAAUUUCAUGGAAGGUUUGAUAAACCAUUACUUAGAGAAAGUCAUUGUUCCUCACUCGGAGAUGAAAGUUUGUCAACAAUUGUAUAAACCAAUGAUGAAAAUCAUUUCAUUAUACAACGAAUACAACGAACUAAUGGAAAAGAGCCUUAAAAAUGGCUUUCUACCAGCACCAAGUGACUCUGAAGUAGUUGAGGAUAAAGAAAAGAAAGUUAUUGCAGAUUCAGAAAGGGAUGAUAUAGUUACCAAAGAGAGAUUAGCAAGGGCUCAAAAAUUAUUAUGGCAAGCACGUCAAGAUAUUCCAAAAACGAUCAGCAAAGAACUCACCUUAUUAUCUGAAAUGUACUCUACUUUAAUUGCAGACGAACAGGAUUAUGAACUGGAUGAAUUUGUAUGUUGUGCUGAAGAAUAUGUAGAACUGGAAUAUUUGCCAGAACUUAUUGAUGUAUUAUUUAUUAACGGUAAUACUCGGGCGUUCUGGAAAGUUUUACUAGCUUUGGAACCAUUUUUCUAUUAUAUCGAAGAUAUUGGAGAUCUUGAGGAUGAAAGUAUAGAACUUAGUGAUGUCAGUGAGGAGGAGAUCGAGGGGUCAAAUGUUAUGCGAAGAAGAGCUUUUAAGCCAGAUCCCAGAGUGAUCACGUUAGAAAAGAUUUGUGAAGUAGCGGCAAGACAGAAAUGGAUCUAA